AUGUCACACUCCGGUACGAAGUACCAAAACCUAUCUAGGUGUGUUGAUAGGAAGAGACCAGAAAGAUCCAUUCAAGCCAGUUGGAAAUUCAGAACAUUGAACUGUGCCUUCACCCAACCCACGUGGUCCUUUUGGCAUCCGGGAAUUUCGACUGCCUCUGCUACAACGAACGAACUAAAUGGCAGACCAUCGAGGGUGAGUGAACGGCUAGCCAAAACCUCUCGUUUGGAGGCUGUCAAUGCGGUACUUCAGUUGGAGAGGGUCCAACCCCUGUUCAAUCUUAGCAUUCGACUCCGCGCUUUGCCGGGAGGCUUCAACGAUGAACCAGGCAACUGGGCAAUUCAAAUCCAUUCUUCAGCUACUCCAUCCAGAUUAGGGGUCAGAGAGGGAGGUGUACGCUAUCGACCUCUUCCAUCCUUCUCUUCGGAGAGAGUCCCUCUUUCCCUCGUCCCUAUUCUCCCAACUAGUGAAGGUGAGAUCAAAAGACAGGAUUUCGCGCCAACUAAGGCGAAGCUAUUGAAUCAGCUCUUAGAGGCUGUGUUAGCUACACUGGCCUCAUAA